AAGGGAGGCGUGUACUGUGGCGUAUAGCUAAUGAGAGUAGGACUUGUUGGAUUUAGGAAUACUUUGUUUCAAAGUUCAGGUACCUGUGGCGUUUGACGUCGUAAAAAAGAAUUUUAACAACAAACUGACAAACGUUGCCCUGAGCCUAUCCGGUUAUUACGUGUGUUCAGCAUUAUAAACGGUUAAAGAAUGUACCCGAUCGGGUGGAAUGUCUAACUUGAACAGGAAUGGACCCGGAGGUUCUGGUCGACUUGCGGGAAACGUGAAAUCUCACAAGACCAACAAACAAGCUAUUCCAAAUACACAGAGCAGGGCUGGCGUUGUGAGCAACACAAGAACAAACAAUAUCGAUGUAACUGCACGUCGUGGGGAGGGAGGUAAAAUAGAAUGUACAAUUCGGAGGCUGACAGUGGUUUUGGAAGGCGGAAGCACAGAGCGUGUGACAAAUGCACUGGACAAAUCUCAUUUUGGUGACAGCAGUGUUCUCGUGGGUAACAGUGCUAAGCAGAAAGGUAAAAGUACCGGUAUCAGAAGGAGGGGACUGGGAUCGCGUUUGAGAAGCAAUUGCUGUGAGAACAGUGGACUUUGCCAAGUUUUGGACCCGACGAAUAUCGAUCGAUCGAGGAAAGUUCGGGACGAGGAAACCUUCGCCUCACUCAGCAGUCAGCCUAGGCUUGGAUCACCGAGACUGGGGAAUCAUUAUGUUGAUGCCGUGAGUGUAGACGAGAAAUGUUCUUUUACCCUUCCUAAACAGAGUACGUCCGUGUUACGUAACAUUAGCCAAAGCAGAAACCUGCAGCAAUCAUCAAACAGGCCCAAGGUAGGAAGAGGAAUACACAGCAAAGCCUGCCACCCACUGCAUCCAAUCCAGUGUAGGCUGCAACACCAGUCGGAUGUUAAUGUUCUUCUCAAUGGAAACAAUUUAAAGUCGAACGGGACACCAUGUAAUUCGGAAAGUGGACUGAAGGAGAAAAGGGGGAGGUACCCCAUAUCUGGGCGUGAAAAUGGAAACAUCAAGUCGGUGGAGGUGGAAAAAUCGGGAACAACCGGAACAUGUAGGAACAGCAACGAGAAUAAUUGUUACAAGAGUGGAAGUAUUGAGAAAAAAUCGGAGAAAGUAUUUCUCGACCAUUCACACAUAGCAGGGGACAUGGAGAGCGGUGAGAGACGUGGGUAUAAGAAUAAGCGUGGACUGAAAGCCAGUAAAAUUGCAGUGUUAUCGAAGUCAAGUGGUCAACGGAAGUCCGUUACUUCACAAAGACAAGAGUUUAAGGGAGGAGAUACGUCAUACAAAUCCCGCUCUGUGGAUAGCCGGGUUGUCAGCGUUCACAAAUCGGACUGUACCUCUUUGCCAGGUAAUUUAUUAGGAGCAGAGAUAACAGACCGAAAUGGCACGGAUUGUAAAGCGAGCAGACGACGUGAAAUUGGAGACGAAGGAAGGUGCGCAAGCAGUGGGGAGAAUAUAACAGGCUUAUCUGGAGAAAAGGUGUUCCACGCUACUUCGGACUCCAUUCAGGGCGGAGGUGUGGCAGGGACGAAAGAAGUCUCUAUCGGUGACAGGACAUGCGUGGAUACAACUGUCAGGCAGACGACACAAGAAGCAGACGACACCACCCAACACGCGUCACAUGUAGGCAGCGCCAGAGCGUCUCGUAAAAUUUGUCAAAGAUCAGUGGAUGGUAAUGUAAUAGCCCGUGACAAACGUACUGUGAGACGGAAGGAAAUAAUUGCACAGACUGGCAGAGUGGGACAGGGAUGUACUAUUUCAGAUAAUGCACAACAGGAUUAUGGAGAGAUAACAACGGGAUUAGAAUCACCGGUAUGUGCUGUGACGGAGAUCAAGUACGGGCAAUCGCUGAAUAACGGUGAGUUGUCAGUAGUGUGCGAUGCGCCUGCUAACCAGCCACUAAUACGCGGACUCAAACAAGGAAAUAUUUCACACACGGAAUGUAAUUAUGAUUCAUUAGAUGAACAGCCAGAUUGUGAAAACACAGAUGUAUGCAGGGUGGAGGUUUCGCAUUUGAAUUCUGCUGAAAGAUUUCAAGGAGGUGCGUGUUUAAGCAAUAAUAAACCUGAUGACGUUGCAAGCUCUCUAAGUGAUGGGUUCCGUGUGUGUGAAAAAAUAGGAAAUGUUGGUAGAAAUGAAGGCAAAGCGACCCAGCACAAGAAACAACUGUCAGGUAUUCCUAGCUAUCACCGCUCACACAAGUAUGCAAAAGCUCCCAACGUGAAAAAGAAAAAGUUCCUUAACCGAGACUCAUACACUGGAACUGUAACAGCAGUUUCAGAUGGGAAUCAGUAUGGUGAAAGUGUUGAAAAAACUUACAGAGAUGAUACACAUGUGUCAUGUAGUUCUGCCAGUACAAUUUCAGGAGGUAGUAAAUCCCUAAAGCACAAAGUCCAUUCUACUCAAGCCUCUGAAAAUGGAACAAAAACAUCAAGUUCACGUGAGUAUACUUUCAGUGAAGAUGGCAAGAUAUAUGAGAAGAGUGAGUUGUUGCUAAUUUCAGAUAGUGUGUCCUAUCUUGUAACAUUAUCAGAGCAGGAUACAUCGGCUCAAACAGACAAAAACUCUUCCCCGCCUGAUGCUGCAAUUUGUAUGAGUUCUGCACCAGAAAAUCUGUCAGAAACAGAUGCAGGGGGGAAAUCAUUAGGCAUAGUCGUAGGAGCAGGAUUCCCCCGGGCAGUGCUAUCAGUUGGUGAUAAGGAGAGAAAGGCAGAAGGCAGCAAUGGGGAUCUGUUGUUAGGCUCAUCUUCAAAGAGAUGUGGAAAAUACCUUGUUCAAAGUGAAAGGUGUGUUGGCAUUGAAAAGGAUGGACUAAACUUUCAAGAUAUAGACUCUGUUGCGGCAGCUGAUGGAGAAAACCGUGCAAGUGGAAUGUUCAGUGAUUUUAAUGAUGACAGAAAUUACCUGGUUCAACAUGGGAGUAAUUAUUAUAAGCAUUCUGAAUAUGUGGAGUAUGGUGAAGACCAGGUAAAUAACUAUAUCCCAUCAAAUGGUGGCGUUAAUAAUGGUUGCAUAUCAGACCAAGCACCACUAAUAUUUUAUCCUGACCAGAAAAGAACUAUGGCAACUAAAUCUAGUGGUCCUAUCAAGGAAAAUAUGAGACCACCACAACAGAAGACUCAGGGAUUAAAACGACAGACUGGACAUACUUCCUUGGACAUUAAAGUGGCUGAAGAAAUAGAGUGUGGUUCUGGUAUACAAUCAGCUGAAACAGCAUCAAGUAGAAAGAGAAAUAAUGAUUGUACUUCACGGCUGAUGAGGCCUACUAUUUCAUCAGCUAUAAAAAGUAGUCCGGAAAUGGCAAAGAAGUUGAUACCAAUGGUGAAGUCGCCCACCAGCCCUGAUACAAUGUUUUCUCCUCCAAUGGAGAGAAAGAACAAAGAACGGAGGAAGAAUGAGAGUUCUGGAAAAAUUAAAUUUAAGACGUGCUCAAGUGACAUUGUUACACAUAAACCACCUCUAAAAUCCAGUGAUAAGAUGUUAACUUCUCCAAGGUCUUCUGUUUCCUCAUCUGAUGUCAGUGUUCCUAGUUGUACAUCUGAGAAAGAAAGUGAACGAUCCAGCAGUGGGACUCAUCAGAAACACAGGAAUAGAGCCAUCUCUGCCAAAAGUACUGGUGCAGCACCUAAGACGCAUCAGAAUGCAAAAUCUGAUUCAUCGCAAAACAGAUCAAAGAAGUGCGGAAAAGUGGAUGAUAAUUUGUCAGAGAAGAUGGGUCAGACUGUUGAUGCACAUCACAGUCAAAGCGGUGCACAGAAAAGCUGCAGGGGAGAAAAAGAGGAACUGAAAAAUAAUAGCCUAACAGCAAAUGAAUUUACAGAAAAGGUUGAAUCAUGUGACAUCAAGGUUGAAAAAAACCAGACGAAAUGUCGAGACAUAUGAAAGUUGUGUUGAGAGUGGAAUG